AUGGAAUCCCCUCACUCACAGCUUCAGUUUGCUUUCUUGUCCUGCAAACCAAAUGGUGAGAAACAAUUGAAAUGGGAAGGCAAGGCAAGUGCAGAGCUAAAAAGGCCCCAAAGCAGAGCAAAUUUGGCCUCUUUUGGAGACUUCUUUGGCUUGCACAAGUGGUUCCCAACUCUCACAACUUGCCUUGGUGUUGAAGGCACACAGGGGGUAGCUGGGUGCUUGCGGUUCUGUGCUGGAGUCAAGACUCCGGUUGAUCAUAAAAGUGACCAGAACCAAGACCAAGAGAAGGUGAACUGGACUAAGCAGAAGCUGCUGAGUAUAGACCCAGCAAAAAUGACAUAUAGUUACUCUAUCAUAGAUGGGAAUAUUGGGUUUAACUCGUACAUUUCGACCGUUCAAGUGGUGCUGAAGGACGCCGGGUGUAUGAUUGUGUGGAAGUAUGAAGUUGAACCAGUGGAGGGAUUGAGGCUGGAGGAUCUGGACCUGCUCAUUGGCACUGGUUUGCAAGUCAUGGCUAGCAGAAUGGAAGCCUCUCUUGAACUCCAAGUUGAAUAAUUGGAAACACAAAAGUGAUUUGGUAGAGAGAAUGGCAAGUGAUUUGUAUAACCCUGCAAUAAAACCGGCAACAAAAUCCAGUAAGGUUGAUAAGUUGUCGGACUUGUAGCUCUAGUCGUUAAGAGUAGUUACCCCUGUUUCAAGGUGGAUUUGGAUUUACCUAAUUUUUUGGAGGGAUGAUCUAUGAAUAAUGAACUAAAAAAUAUAAACAGUUUUGAUCAUUGAAAAAAAUGAGAGUAAACACCACAAGGUGUCCCUGAAAUAAACAAAAGAACCCUAGUUUUGAAUUUGGGUAAAUUCGACGAUUCAGACUCGUUGAUGGGAAGAUCACGUAUGGAUUUUUACAAUUUUGGUGAAAGAGCAAGGCAGAUUACAGUCAUAAACAUUAGGGUUAAAGAUGAUGAUACAAGUAAUUUUUCAACAUCAUGAUACAACUAUCCGUACAAGUACAGCAGCUAUUACUUGUUAGUACUUGUGCCACCUCUUGUUCUCUACCAGUACGUGAAUGACCUACAAAACUGAGGUCAGGUUCUCCAGUAUGCAGACUGGAUGCGGGUGCCCGAAUGAGCAGGCAAGCCUCACGAACUAGGCCAUUCAUACGCCUUCGAAAGCACAAGCAGACCGCUAC